UGAUGAUAUUGUUUUAUUCAAAUACUUUAACCAAGCUUUUUGAAAUGCUAACAACAGAUCUUUCAUAGAUUUUUUUGGAAAUUAACAAGAUGGUAUCAAAUAAAGUCUGUUUGGUUGUUAUAGAUGGCUGGGGUGUUUCAGAAAAUGUUGAAGGUAAUGCUAUCCAUCAUGCAAAAACACCAGUCAUGGAUGAAUUAUGUAGUGGACCAGGCUACACCACGCUAGAUGCCUCAGGUUUAUCUGUUGGGCUACCUGCUGGUCUCAUGGGAAAUAGUGAAGUUGGUCAUUUAAACAUUGGAGCUGGUCGUGUUGUUUACCAGGAUAUUGUACGCAUUAAUAUGACGAUAAAAGAAAAAACGUUAUUACAGAACGAGGUGUUUGUAAAAGCAUGUGAGAGAGCACGAGAUGGAAAUGGCAGAAUACAUUUUCUUGGCUUGGUAAGUGAUGGAGGAGUGCAUUCGCAUAUUGAUCAUCUACUUGGUAUGGUUGAACUUACAAAACAGUUGAAUGUCCCGAAAUGUUUUAUUCAGUAUUUUGCUGAUGGUAGAGAUACCAGACCAACGAGUGGGGUGAGUUAUGUUAAACAAGUACAGGAUAGGCUGAAGGAAUUAUCAUAUGGUAGUAUCGGCACAAUAAUGGGACGUUAUUAUGCCAUGGACCGUGACAAACGACAUGAGCGUAUAAAAAUUGCCUUUGAAGGCCUUACGCAAGGAAUAGGUGAAAAGGUUAGCCCAGAGGAUGCCAUUAAGUUGAUGGAGAGUCGGUAUUCCUUAGAAGGAGAUGCUAGACAAACCGAUGAGUUUCUUAAACCAAUUAUUUUAAAUGAAGAAGCUUUGAUAAAAGAUGGAGAUACACUGGUAUUUAUUGACUUUAGAGCUGACAGAAUGAGACAAAUUGUAGAGGCUGUUGGUAUUGAAAGGCAUUUCGAUACAGCAGUUGUACCACAAAAUCUGCAUAUAGUAUGCAUGACAAAAUACAAGGCUGAGUUUCCAUUUCCUGUUUUAUUUCCACCGGGUGAACCAAAGAAUGUGUUGGCAGAAGUUCUUGCAACUAACAAGUUAAAACAGUACCACUGUGCAGAAACUGAAAAAUAUGCGCAUGUGACUUUCUUUUUUAAUGGCGGCAGAGAACAACAAUUUGAUAUGGAGGAUCGCAAACUUGUGCCUUCCCCAAAAGUUGCAACCUAUGACUUACAGCCUGAGAUGAGUGCUGCUGGUGUUGGACAAGCUAUGGUCGAAACAAUCGAGACUGAAGUGUAUCCUUUUGUUAUGUGUAAUUUUGCACCUCCAGACAUGGUUGGUCACACUGGCAAAUAUGAGCCGGCUAUUGCAGCAUGUGAAGCAACUGAUGCUGCAAUUGGGCGCAUUCGAGAUGCAUGUACAAAGCAUGGUUAUACCUUAAUGGUAACAGCUGAUCAUGGCAAUGCCGAACAGAUGAUUAGUUUACAGGGUGGACCUCACACCGCUCAUACAACUAAUAGAGUACCGUUUUGUGUUACUGGUCGAAAAUUUGCUAAAUUUUCCCACAAUGCAGCACUUUGUGAUGUAGCUACUACUGUGUUGCAAGAAAUGGGUGUGGCAUUGCCAGAAGAAAUGACUGGAAAACCAUUACUCGAGUAAAUUAUCAGAGUACAGACGAGGAUUAUCAUCACUAACACUAUAGAAUAUCAUUAUUAUUUAUAGCUCUCUAUAUUUUUUUUAAUUCUGUUAUAUUUAUUUCUUUAGUUAUAUUUUUAACGUGAAAUAUUUUUUUCGUGAUUAAAAGAAGAGAAAUAUUUUUACACCAAUAAUUUGUAAGUGAAUCUGUAUGGUCAAAUCAAAGUUCGAAAAGUUAUUGGUAAAGCAAGCGUGACAUACAGAUGCUUUUAGGGUUCCAAUAUAAUUUCAUCACCAUGCCAUUAUAUUUUAGAAUUAGUUUGGAUAAUUUAUAAUUUAGGUAACCGGAUGAUUUUUAUGUUAGCAUGAUAAUAUGCGGUGGUUAUGAAAAUGAUGUAAAAGUGAUAUUAAAAAUAAAAAAUUUUGAUUGA